UUUUAAAGUCAACUAGUUGACUUUAAAAUAGUAAAUUCAACUAACUUCUCUCUACUUAUGUGUCAUGUUUUAAAGUCGCCUAGUUGUCUUCGAAAUUGAAAAGUCAACUAGCUCCAUCUUAGUUGUCUCUUCAAUUUUAAAGUCAACUAGUUCUUUUCUCAAUUUUAAAGUCAACUAGUUCCCUUUUAAAGUCAACUGAAUUUUAGAGUCAACUCCGACAUAUAUAUGAUGUGUUUUCUUAGUAGUGUAUUAGUUUCCCUAUUGACAUUAUCUCUGCUCUGAGAAAUGCUGCUAUUCACAUCUUCGGAGCGCGGUCAACCUGUACUCAAUUACAAUUCUCAUCAAUACACAAAGAAGCGUGCGAGAAAGACGAGCAACGAGUGGCGUUGUCGAGAUCGUGGUUGUGCCAGCAUGCUUUUUCUUUGCAUAGUCGAUGCAAAAGUUCUUCGCGAGCCCUCUACUCAUACUUUUCAACAACCAGCUUCUGUCGGCAAAUCUCUAGUCGACAAAGCAGUUGGUAAUAUGAAAAAACGUGCAUGAGAGGAGACUAUGCCGAUCCCCAAAAUCUAUACACAAGAAAUCGUUAAAGCUCAUAGGGUGUGGGUGUUGAUGAGGAUAUGGAUAUGGCUCUAGUCUUCAACCACACCCACACCCAACCGAGAAUCUCGAGCUCCUUCUUAACGACCAUAAGGGCGGAUUGAUCACUGACAUGCAACUCGCGAUCAAAUAUGGACGCGCUUUGAAGACAAAACUUGUCAAAUGAUUUUUGUUUCUUUUAUUUUUUUCUUGUUUCUUUGUUACUCUUGAAUAAAACAGCUGAUUGUUGAAAAUCGUCUGUUUAUCAAAUUAGCCACCAAUUAGUAGCUAUUGGAUUGGGGGACGAAUUGAGAAUCAAUUAACUGGGUACGAAUUUUGUGGAGGACGAAUUGAGAGUCAAUUAAUGCGGAGGGGACGCGUUGGGGACGAAUUGGGGACCAGUUGGGGAUGAGUCGAGAGUAACUCUAUUAUUGUCAUCGUCAAAUAAAAUUUCUUUCUUUCUAUCUUAUUAAUCAUACAAAUCAAGUAGUUUCAAUUUCUAUUGAAGAUUCCAUUCGUGAUUUUACAUCUAUUAUUUCUUUCUUUUUCACUCGACAUACACUUGAAAAUCUUGAACUAUGUGUACUUUACUCAUCACAUUGAUCAAUAUAAAUAUGAACUCCAUUGCAACAAUUACCAAAAUCUCAUUAAACGAAGAUCACUUUGAUUUAUCGUAGCAAAUCAUACGCAACUUUGUGAAGAAGAGAAACCAUAUACAAGUCAAACUAUUUUAACAUAUCAAUCAUCUGCACUUCGCUCGCUCGAUUUUGCAUUUUACUUCAAUCAUUCGUAUUUAAUAACUGGUGUUACUCUUAACUGGAUAUUAAUAUCAAUGACUUUAACAUUCUAUGAUUUACCUCAUCAAUUAUCAAUUUAUUGUGUUCUAUAUGUAUUUCAUAUUUAUCAUGCAUUAAGACGUUUACGUGUAUUUAUAUUAAUUCCUGCAAAUCCAAAUAUUCAACAUACAUAG